AUGACUCUCAUCCGAGGAACAACCAAACUUCUGCGUCUUGGGGUCUUUCGGCAGCCGACUAUUCAGCCGACUGUGCAGGGGGGAAGACAGCUAGCUACCAACGCUGGUAUCAAACAAACAUUGCCGAAGGAACCAUUUCAACAGAUGGAUCAACGAUUUCAGUCAUUCCAACUUCGUGGGAAGGUUUUUGCGGUGACUGGUGGAGCGCGUGGGUUAGGCCUAACAAUGGCGGAAGCAUUAGUGGAAGCAGGGGGAGAAGAUCGACUACCUGAGCCCCAUGAAGAGUUCUAUACUGCACAAGCACGGGCCAAUCCUAAUCCCCAAUAUGGGGGCUCUUUACAUUAUCACCUGUUAGAUGUUUGCGACAGAGACAGCACGAACCAGAUAAUGUCUGCGAUCGCCGAUGGUAAGAACCGACUGGAUGGUUUAGUGGCGGCGGCUGGGGUAAACCACAUAGAGAGUGCGAUUAAUCACUCCGCUGCCGAUAUUGAACGGAUAAUCAGUAUCAAUUAUACUGGUGCUUUCACAUCUGCAACUGCUGCAGCAACACAAAUGCUGAACAAGCAAUGUCAAGGAUCAAUACUACUGGUUUCCAGUAUGAGUGGGAUGAUUGCAAACAAAGGAAUGAAAACGUCUAUCUAUAACUCAUCCAAAGACGCUGUGAUCCAACUGGCUAGAAGCUUUGCCAUGGAAGAGCAACAUCGAUACGGAAGGCAGAGGGGGAAUACCAUCACGCCUAUGGCCAAGAUGGUCAUGGAUAAGACGCCGGGGACAAAGGAGAUAUGGGAAUCUGAGAAUAUGCUGGGACGGUUGGCACGGCCAGAAGAAUUCCGUGAUAUUGCCUUGCUGCUCAUGAGUAAUGCGGGCAGUUUCAUGACUGGGAGUACAAUAGUAGCCGAUGGAGGGCAUACGGCAUGGUGA